CACAAAGAUAGUGCGUUAGCACACAAACGCUUCAAUAUGGCACAGUCAAUUUAUAUCGGACCGGGAUCCUUCGAAGAUGGAAAUAUGGACAACUUCGACUUCACAGAAAAAAGUAUACGCAGAGGUUUUAUAAGAAAGGUGUACGCCAUUUUAAUGAGCCAGUUAUUGGUGACGAUGGGGAUCAUAGCAUUCUUUCUCUUCCACGAACCGACCAAAGUUUUCGUCAGGCAAAACUUUUACCUCCUAUGGAUUGCAAUGGCGGUCCUUUUCAUUGCUAUAAUAGUCCUCGCAUGCUGUACGGAGAUGAGACGUCAGUUUCCCUUAAAUUUUAUAUUCCUAGCAAUAUUUACGUGUGCGGAGAGCUUCAUUCUGGGAGUUGUAUGCAGUCUGUAUGAAGUCAAUCAGGUGUUGAUGGCAGUUGGUAUCACAGCGGCUGUGUGCCUUGGCCUGACUUUGUUCGCGUUCCAAACCAAAUGGGACUUUACCAUGAUGGGAGGAGCUCUAGUGGCUUUGAGCAUGGUACUUCUGGUAUUCGGUAUACUAGCGAUAAUAUUCAGAAAUAAUAUUCUUCAUACUGCGUAUGCGGCUGCCGGCGCUCUCAUCUUCUCUCUGUAUUUGGUGUACGACACUCAGCUGAUGAUGGGAGGCAAACACAAGUACAGCAUCUCACCGGAAGAGUACAUCUUCGCUGCCCUCAACUUAUACGUAGACAUUAUAAACAUUUUCAUCUUCAUCCUCUCGCUGUCUUCUAAGUCAUGAUCAUUAAUACCUAUUCCUUUAAUUAUAAUUUUUUCCGUUCGAAGAAAUUUAGCUCAAUUUGACCCUUCUAAUUAAUUACAGUGGAUAGAAAUGCUCUCUUUGCUAACUGGUAGAUAGUAUCCAAUAUUGCUUUAUUUAUUUUCCUUCAAAAAAUUUUUACAAAUACCUAAAUAACGUAUUCUUUAAUCAUCUAUCAUUACUCAUAGAUGAUUAAAAGAUAUAAAUGAUUAUACAUAACAUGAGCCAAGAAACUAUUGGUCGAAGUUAUUAGAUAACUUGGAAGUGUAUUUAAUUUAGCUAUAGUAUAAGAUCUCAAUUUGUCCAUAAUGGCUAUUUAAUUAUUCUACAAAUUGACGAUGAAAGUAUUUUAAUAUGUAUUAAUAAAAG